CUGUUCUUGAGAGUAAAACGCGAUCGCGGGCUGGUCGCCAUUUCCUUCCACAGCCGAAAAAAGCUUUCUUCGGUCAGGCAAGAGUGAAGACGGAGAAGAGAAGGAAGGAAGGAGGGAAAAGAGAAAAUGGCGGGAGCGACGUCGGCUUGCAUCUUCUGCCAAAUCGCCCGCUCUUCUACCCCCACUUCUCUCCUCCACUCCGACGAUCGAGUGGUUGCGUUCGAAGACGUCAAUCCCGCCGCGUUGAGGCAUUAUUUGGUGAUUCCGGUGGAGCACAUUCCAACUGUGAGAGACCUCAAAAGGAGAGCUGAAGAUUAUACGUUAGUGAGUCACAUGCUGGAUGUGGGGAGAAUGCUUUUACAAAGAGACGUGCCUCAGUCAAAGCAAUACAGCAGGUUCGGCUUUCAUCAGCCUCCAUUGAACAGUGUCAACCAUUUGCAUCUUCACUGUUUGGCACUACCUUUCAUACCCAGAUGGAAACAUAUGAAGUACUUGUCAUUGGGACCACUCGGUGGGUUUAUUGAAGCAGAGAAGUUACUGGACAAACUAAAACCGGAGUGACCGAAUCAUGCAUACCCUUAAUCUUCAAUUUUAUGUUGUUGACUCUACGAUAUGUCACGGGAUAUAGUUAACUACAUUUAUGAAAUUGCGAGGUCUCUUA